GGUAGGGUAAGGGUACAAUUGCUUUGCUGUCAAACGAGACCGGUAGCUGAAGAAAAACAAAACUUGGUGAAUGGGCAGAGUGUGAUUGUGUUGUAUCUAAUCGCUGGCAAAUUUUCAUAAAUUCGCUCACAAUGUUGUUCAUGACGUGGAUUGCUAGAGUCGGAGAUGGUUUACCUCUUGCCGCUUCAAUCCCCGAAGAUGAAGAGUCAGGAAAAGGAGUGUUGGAUUUUCAAAACCAAGCAAAAAUGCUGUUUAGAAAAAUGAAUCAACAAAGUCCUUCAAAGUGCACAAUAGAAACUGGAUCACACUUUUUCCAUUACCUAAUUGAUAAAGAUGUCUGCUACCUAGUGCUGUGUGAGCAGAGCUACUCGAAGAAACUCGCUUUUUCCUUUCUAGAAGAUCUUGCCCAAGAGUUCAGCUCCCUCUACGGGAAAAAGGUUCAGAGUGUAAAUCGCCCAUACAGCUUCAUUGAAUUUGACACCUACAUUCAGAAAGCCAGAAGAUCGUUUAUGGACUCGAGAACUCGGCGUAAUCUUACUGCGAUCAACACAGAGCUUCAGGAUGUUCAGCGGAUUAUGGUUCGCAAUAUCGACGACGUCUUGCAGAGGGGUAGUCUUCUUUCUGAUCUGGAUAACAAAGCACAGACACUGUCAAUGAGUUCUCAGCGAUACAAAAAGGACGCUAGAAACUUGAACAUGCAAUCCACUUACGCGAAAAUUGGUGCGGUCGCCAUCGUUUUGCUCGUCUUUGUUCUUUACUUUUGGGUUUUAUUGCUCGUUAAUCGAAUCCGAGCAGCCGAUAAGCCAAACGAUCGUCGUUGGGAAGCGCAACAUUACACUUGGAAUGUCGACGAUGAUGAGGAAAUUCCGGGGACGGUCAGAAUUGUUCUCAGUGCAGCCGACCCUCAACGAACAAAGAAUCAGGUGGUGUACAGUAUUCCGGAUCGCUGUUUUAUCCCACUAACCCCAGAGAACUCGUCGGUUGAGCUCUUUGAUCAAACCUCUUCCUCCGUCUACGUUGAACCUACAGCUGCUUCUGAUGCAACCAACGCAUUUAAUCCCGCUGCCGAUUUAGCCCGACCGGAAGCCGACUUGACAACGUCCGAUGCUGAUGAAACAGCCAGUGAAGCGUUCGAUGGCGAUCGUUCGAUUGACACGACUUUCGGUCAUGGUACCGGCGCUAAUACCGCCGGGGGCAAUAAUACAAGCGGAGCAGCUUUGGACACUAGUCGAAGUGAUCACGGGCCAAUGACCGAACGAGAAGACGAUCCAUUAGAAAUGAUGACCGGCGUCAAAUCGCUGGUUAAACGUAAAGGCGCAAAGGGCAUCAAUCAUUUCAGUUACUGUGACCGGGCCACCCAAACAACUGUUCCGCCAAUUCGAUCACACGCGAUACAAACUGAAGCCCCGCCUCGUGUGUCUUUCACUUCACUGACGAACGCUUGGAUCAUUUACGAUGCCUACCACCAAGAUCUUGCGGCACAGCAGCACAAAAUCCAGCAGCAAGCGCUGAUCAACAGUGCGGCAGAGGCUGUCAAUAAAGGCGGAGCACCCAACACUUCAUCCACGGCUCCAGUUGGUGUCGCUCCGGAUGCUUCCGUCGCCACAGCCGCACCACCGGCAGCCCCGACGGUAGUCUUCCAACCGACGGGGGAAACGGCUUUGAGUCCGGCUGGUGUUUCUCGGCUCGAUUCAUCCGCUCACGUCAUCGAGCGGAUGCUGAAUCAAAACACUUACGACGACAUCGCUCAAGAUUUCAAGUAUUGGGAAGAUGCUGCGGAUGAAUAUCGUGAACCGGAAGGAACUCUUAUGCCGUUGUGGCGUUUCACUCCGCCGGCCACCAUGCUGCGGAUGUUUGAAGAGAACGGCAGCAUGCGCAAUGCGGUUCCUAGUCAUAUAACUGCAAUCUGCUGGAAUCCUCACUACAAGGAUCUCUUCGCCAUAGGCCUUGGCUCCCGAGACAAUAUGACAGCCGAAUCCGGACUUGUGUGCGUCUUUUCUCUCAAGAGUCCUGGACAUCCCGAGCGCUCCGCUCAAGUGCAAGCUGGUGUUUCUAGCCUGGACUUCCAUCCGGAAUUCUGGCAACUUUUGGCUGUCGGAAUGCAUGAUGGACACGUCGCCGUUAUUGACUUGACAGUGCGCAAGGAUUCCGACACUUUCAAAGUGACGAAUUUGAUCACCUACCGAAGUUCGGCUAUGCGAGGCAAACGGACCGUGCCAAUUACUCAAGUAAGCUGGCACGGUGACAUGAGUGAUGGAAAUUUACGGCUCUUUUCCAUAUCAAUGGACGGCUGCUUGUGUCUGUGGCUAUUUGUUCAGGGUGAACUAUAUCCUACAGAGUUAAUCACAUUGCCUUUCCAAGGCGACAAUAAAUUGCAGGAUAACAAUUUCGGAACACUGGCACUGACUGCGUCUUGUAGUUGCAUGGCUAUUCAUCCGAAUCACACCAUGGUUUUGGUCGGGACGGAUCAGGGCCAGUUGUGGCCAGUCAGCAAUGAGGGAGAGAUUCUCAAUUGGGGUCCCGUCAACGCCCAUCAAGGUCCCAUUUAUACCGUGCAGUGGAAUCCGUUCCAUCACCAAGUUUUUAUCAGCUGCGGUACCGAUUGGUUAGUCAAAAUCUGGGACCAAAGAGAAAAGGAAGCUCUGGUGGUCAUUAGUUUGGGGAGUUGCGUCGAAGACUGCGCUUUCUCGCCUUUCAGCUCGACGGCCUUUGCUUGCAUGUCCAGCAAUGGCAAGGUCCUCCUCUACGACUUGAAUAUUUGCCUACACAAGCCGCUGUGCAGUCAACGGAUAACUCCGCAACGCAGAGCUCAGCCAACCGUUCUGAGCUUCGCCCCUUUUCAUCCAGUCAUUUUGGUUGGGGAUGACAAGGGACACGUGACUUGUCUCAAAUUAUCUCCCAACUUGAGGAAAGUGAGCCGCGUUCCCGAGAGCUCCAGGGCAGUCGAGGUCGAAAUGGAUAAAUUAGAACGCGUUAUUACAUUAAUGAAAAGAUAAGAGUCGAUUCUUGAUUCAAUUUACAUUCUCAUUCUAACUUGUGCUGAUUAUAUAUUCAUUCA